UGCUGUGGGCGUCUUCAUCUUUAAAAACUUUAACAGGAGUCCAGGUGGAGCUCAGUUCAGAGUAACUGGUGCAUCACCACCGAUGGAAAACAGGUGAAUCCACUUUGUUUCAUCAUUUCUAACCAGAGGAUGUUUCAGAAGAAAUCUGCUCGUGUUUCCUUCACGGUUAAACUGGAGACGAUGCUGUAGCUGAUGCUCUGUGUUGAGUGGAAGCUGUGACCUGAACCAUCAUGAACUCCACUCUCCUUCCAUAUUUCAUUCUCGCUGCCUACUUUGACACUGGGACUUUUAAGUACUUGUAUUUCAUGAUUGUCUUGGCUUUGUAUGUUGUUAUUGUCGGUGCCAACCUCGUCCUGAUUGUGUUGAUCUGCACAAACAGGAGCUUACAUGAGCCCAUGUACAUGUUCCUGUGCAGCCUGUUUGUGAAUGAGCUGUAUGGCAGCACAGGCUUGUUCCCGUCGCUCCUGGUCCAGAUCCUGUCAGACCUCCACACGGUUCCUGCUCCGCUCUGCUUCCUGCAGAUGUACUGUGUGCACACGUAUGGAGCUGUGGAGUAUCUGAACCUGGCCGUCAUGUCCUAUGACCGGUACCUGGCCAUCUGCCAUCCACUACAAUACAGCGCACGCAUGACAUUUAACAAGAUCGUGGUCCUGAUCGCUGUGACCUGGCUGUACCCGCUGCUCGCAUGUAUCACCGUCAUAUACCUAAACUCUCACUCUUUACUGUGUGGGAACGUCAUAUAUAAGGUUUACUGUGACAGCCACUCAGUGGUGAAGCUGGCCUGCUCCAGCGCUAACGUGGCUAACGUGUAUGGACUCCUGGCAUCCUUUGGUACCAUCUUUGGAGCUUUUGCUUUCAUCGCAUACACCUACAUGAAGAUCUUUGUGGUGUGUUUCUCUGGCUCCAAGCAGACGAGGCAGAAAGCCGUCAGCACCUGCACACCUCACCUGGCCUCGCUGCUCAACUUCUCCGUGGGCGCCAGCUUUGAGUUAAUCCAGAGCCGGUUUGACAUGGACAGCGUCCCCAUCCUCAUCCGGAUUCUCUUGUCCCUGUAUUUCCUGACGUGUCCUCCUCUCUUCAACCCUGUGAUGUACGGCCUGAAAAUGUCUAAAAUACGUCUCAUAGGAAAAAGUCUGAUCACAAACACAGGAUCAUAAACACUUUUAUUUUCACGUUGUAAUUUAGAGCAACAUGUAAUGAAAACUAUGCUUCUACAGAUACAGGAACAUGUUCAUGACAAACACUGUCCAUCAUGAGUCACUUCUAAUGUUGUAUCAUGUAUAUAUUUAUAUAUAAAUAAGAAUAUAAAGCCUAUAUACACUACAGGCCGGUGUUUGCUCCACGAUCACACACAUCGUCCUCAGUUCAGCUUCAUGUGAACUUUAAUGUCACCGACUAUUGGUGAAUAAAUGAAGGUUUUAGUUUUAGAGUCGAGAAAAUUUACCAGAGUCACAACUUUAGUGCAAAAACAAAUCAGUGUGAAUUAUUUAUUUGAACUCUUUGACUGAGUCUGCAGAUAAAUAUCUGUUAUAGAACGAAUGCGUCGUAUGUGCCGUGAUUAUGCAACAAAAACUCAAACACCGAUGGUUCUAGUAAAAGUGUCUCUGAUAAGUUCCUCUUUAUUAAAUAAUCAGGUUUGUUCUGAUACCAAUGAAACUAUGAUCUUUUAUGGCCUGUAGUGAAUCUAUUUAUAUAUGAAUAUAUUUAUAAUAUGUAUGUUUGUAAUUACUUGUAUGAUGCCACUGACUGAUGAAUGAAUGUACUAUAGACUACCUCAACCUCAGUGUCACAUGUAUGUACAGAGUCUCAAAUAAAAUCUACAUUACGCACAAA